CUCUCUCCUUCUAUUUCCUCCCCCAGAGCAGCAGAGCUCAGAGCUUGAUCAGCAGCCACACGCAGAACAAGCAUCAAGGUGAUCAUGACCCGCUUAUUUCUCCGCAGAUGACAGCAGGGAGUGGGCAGGUGUAUGUGGUGACUGGCGGCUGCGGAUUCCUGGGGUCCCACCUCGUGCGGAUGUUGUUGGAACAUGAAAAGAACAUUAGUGAGAUCAGAGUGUUUGACCUGCACUUGGACGAGUCGCUCAGAACACUCAGCAAUGACAGGGUGAGAGUGCGUCUGAUCAGUGGAGACAUCUCGCGAUUGGCCGACGUGCAAGAGGCACUACACGGGAGUCACCUGGUUAUACACACGGCCAGUCUCGUGGACGUCUGGGGCCGGGUGCCCGCCAGUAAAAUCACUGAGGUCAAUGUUACAGGGACGGAGAACGUGCUACAAGCGUGCAAGGAGGAAGGGGUGCAGUAUCUGGUCUAUACCAGUAGCAUGGAGGUGGUGGGGCCAAACAUCCACGGUGACCACUUCUACAGGGGCAAUGAAGAUACAGAGUAUAGAAUAUAUCACAAAGAGCCGUACCCACUGAGCAAGGCCAAAGCUGAAAAGCUUGUGUUGGAAGCCAAUGGGAUAAAGAUUAAAGGUGGGAAAAUGCUUUACACCUGCUCCCUUCGUCCUACGGGGAUCUACGGGGAGGGCCAUGAGCUAAUGAAGCAGUUCCACCGUCAGGGUCUGAGGACUGGUCGCUGUGUGUUUAGAGCUCUCUCUCCAGCCAUAGAGCAUGGACGUGUCUACGUAGGUAACGUGGCCUGGAUGCACCUCCUAGCAGCACGCCAACUGCAGAUCCACCCAUCCACCUUGGGCGGCCAGGUAUACUUCUGUUAUGACUCGUCUCCCUACAAAAGCUAUGAAGACUUCAAUAUGGAGUUCUUAUCAGCAUGUGGUUUCAAAAUUAUUGGAUCUCGCCCUCUUGUGCCAUACUUUUUGCUUUACCUACUGGCCUUGCUGAAUGUCCUCUUACAGUGGGUGCUACAUGGAUUUAUUACCUAUGCCCCCAUCCUUAAUCCCUACACUCUGGCAGUAGCAAGCACUACAUUUACUGUCCAGACGGACAAGGCCGAGAAGCACUUUGGGUACCAGCCGUUGUAUGCCUGGGAAGAAGCUAAAAUGAGAACAAUCACCUGGGUGAAGAGCUUGGAAGUGAGUGGGAAGGAUCUAAAAGAUGUGGAUGAAAAGAGCAACUACUGUUGUAGCUGAGGGCAACACCAACUAUGUGGAUGUUGGCAUGUGGAUAUAAUAUGUCCAACACCAAGCCAUGUGGAUAUAAUAUGUCCAACACCAAGACAUAUGGAUGUAAUAUGUCCAAUACCAAGACAUGUGGAUAUAAUAUGUCCAACACCAAGACAUCUGGAUAUAAUAUGUCCAACACCAAGACAUCUGGAUAUAAUAUGUCCAACACCAAGACAUGUGAAUAUAAUAUGUCCAACACCAGGGCAUGUGGAUAUAAUAUGUCCAACACCAAGACAUAUGGAUGUUAUAUGUCCAAUACCAAGACAUGUGGAUAUUAUAUGUCCAACACCAAGACAUGUGGAUAUUAUAUGUCAAACACCAAGGAGCUACAUGGUCCACAAAAACACCACUAAGAAUUUCAUAACAUCUCUACCCCAAGCGGAAUAAUCAUUCCGCAACUCUUUCUGCACCCCAGAAUGUCCCACAUAGCUUUUCUGAGAUUAAACACUUUCCUUUCUGAUCUUUCUGAUCUCAAUGGAAUGCAUUGGACCAUACCAUUAUCUCACUUCCUCCGACAGCUAAAAACGCAAUUAGUGCUAUAACAAAAAUGCUGGUAACAUUUACAAAUAUAUACGCCAAUUUUUAAGGAUUUUGUUAGAACAAAGGCUUAUUACGAAAAUGUUGGGCCACUACAAAUGUCUCCCGUCUGCAGGUCUUUGUAGGGCACCCAAACAAGACCUUGUGCAGUUUCAAUGACUGUAGGCAAAGAGCUUUGACUUGACUUGAGUCUAUCAACAGUAUCUUGGGCUCUACCAAGCAUUGGGGACAGUUGUGUAUAUAUCGGUAAAUGGUACAAGGUGGCAUUUUCUCUCAAACCAACAUGUAGCCCUCUAAGGAGCUGCAUACUAUACCUAUGACUGCACAUAGACUUAUAAAGCUUUAUGUAGCAAGUUGCAGUAUUUCUAUUUAUAAUCUGUGUAGGUAGCUAAUGUGCAGUAUUAUUAUUGCAGGAUCUAUCUAUUGCCUUUAGCUGGCUUAACUUGCUAUAAAUACCUAUUGCCCUUUAACUUGGGGCAGGGCCCAUAGUCAAGAGACACAGCUGGACAAACAAAGGAUAAUCGAAACUUUUUGAUUCUAUUCAACUAGAGUGAAGGUUCAAAGACAUAGCAGACCAUUACAGAUAUCCCAUUGAUGUCACCAACAAGCCUAUGAUAAUCCUGAGCUUAAACAAGGCUGAAGUGCUGCUUCUUCUGGACGCGCAUGCUGUGCAAUUACUAUGCUAUGCGUAAUUUAGAGUAACGUCUACAUUUCUACAUUUCUAUUUAUACAUCAUAGCAAAGUUAUUUAAUUAUAUAUUUAAUUAUCUAUUUUUUAUGUAGCAUGGUUUCAAGGGACCUGAAACAACAGAAUUAAGGACUAAAGAGUUCAAUGUUGAAGUAGAAUCUGGUUAGCAGAUAUAAUCACAUCAGUUGGACAUGAGACUGGAGUAAAUGAGAAGAGUGUAGAGUGCGAAGGUCUUUAGAUUAAACCAUAUUGUUGGGAUUGGAAGCAAGUUCUAAUCAAUGACAAACAAACAAUAAGAGAUAUGCAUGGGUCUGGGGUACUUUCCUUCUUAUUAAACAAGAACCUCACUAUCAACUGGUAUCUAAUACUGGUGGUAUAUUGAGAUAUAUAUGCAAGCUGAGUGGUGGGGAACAUCCAUAGUUUGUAGGUCUAUAACAACUUAAAGGCCUCAUGAUGGACAUUCCUUGACAUCUUUGAAGCACAGUAGAAGAAGAAGAGGAUGAAGAUGUGGGAAUGAGAUGGGUAGAGACUAGGAAAGACACAGAAGCAAGUGAAGAGAGGACAUUGUAGAAGAGAUCAGAGAAGGUAGACAUCAUAAAUGUUGACAUUUUAGGGAUAUUUCAAAGUUCACAGAUUCAGACCUGUUGACAGGACCAAAUUGAUCUCCUUUGCCAUUGUAUAUAUACACCAGGAAUGUACCUUCCUCCCCUGAAGGGGGUAAAGAUGCAAUAAGCAGUUGUACAGGUGGGUUCUUGGCAAGGAACAUGACACUGGAUUGGUGUGGGUGGUGCACUGAAUGCUUUCUGGUUUCCUUGACUGCCAGUCUGGUGGGCAGACAAAGAUGGUGGUAGUGACCAGAAUUCUGCCGUUAUAAUCUCCAGACCCCAAAGUCAGCUGACUGACCACCGCCAAGGUGAUGACCACACGAAUAGCCUUUUGUGUAUGCCCUUGCAGACCUAUUUAUAAGGUAUUUGGAGGGGAAAGGCAAAUUAAAUGAAGUCUCAUAACUUACUCUGAGCUGUAAUGAGCAGGCCAAUAUUUAUGAUAUCUACAAUUAAAAAAGUAAUAUUUUUAUCGAAA